UCGCGCGUCGAUCGGGACGGUGUCAUCACGUGCGCGCGCGCGUGCUUGCGCGCGGGCGUGGAAAGGUUCGUCAUCGUCUCCUCGGGCGCGGUGUCAAAGCCGGCGUCGCCCGUGUACAUCUUCCUCAACUUAUUCGGCGGCAUCAUGAGGAAUAAGAUUUUGGGCGAAGACGCCGUGCGCGCGCUUUAUUUCGACCGGCCGGGGCAGUUUUACACCGUCGUGCGCCCGGGAGGUCUUUCGGAAGACCCCGCGCGCGGCGUCGGCGCGCUCGAGCUCAACCAAGGCGACGAAAUCUCCGGGCGCAUCUCUCGCGAAGACGUCGCGGCGAUUUGCAUCGAGUCCAUCACUCGCGAUGAUGCAGCGAACGCGACGUUUGAA